AUGAGUCUCAUUGAAGUUAUUGGAAAUUUUCCUCAACCUAUUCCAGGAGUCAGAUUCAGAAGAAGACCUGUACUAGCUGAGUUUGAAGCGUUCUUCUUAAAUGAGCAACCAGAUAUUAAAGUUAAGUAUAUGAACACUAUCAAGAAAGACAGUCAGAAAGCCUCAACUUCUAAGCCUGUUGCUUCAGAAGAUGUUUCAGAAGCUGCUCCAGAAGUUGCUGCCAAGAAAGAAAGAAGGACAAAGCGUAAGUUUGAUCGUCCUUCUGUCAUUGAGGAGAAAAAUAAUCAAGAAGAAAUUGCUGCAGUUGUUGAUGAAAAUAUUGCUGUGGAAGAAGCUGUAGUUGAAGAAAAUCAAGAAGCUUUAGUUGAAAAUGAGAAUGUAGAACAAGAAGCUGCUGAGAAAAAGAAUAAGAAGAGGAAGUCGAAGAAAGAAAAGAAAGCAGAGGAUGAGAAGGAAGUAGAAAAGAAGAAAAGGAAGAAAAAUAAAAAGAAAAAGGAAGUUGUUGCUUAA